GGCGGGAGGAGCUAAAUACACAAAGGCCACACAGUAUUUAUGCAUACAAAAUCAACCGCAAUCAGCCCACGUUUCCGUAGAAAAAGACAAAGAUGGCUAUAGCGUUCAACUUGCCAAGCGAACGCGAGGCUGCGGACGAGAACUUUUCACGUCUGAACCGGCUGCUGGCCGAGCUGUACGAGGUUCUGUGCCACAUCCUGGUCUCACGACAGCCUGGCGAGGUCCAGGAGAAUCGUCGAGGUGAGUGCCCUCGUGCGCCUAGCCCACCACUAUACCACUUAAGAUGCAAUUCGACCUACAUUGUCAACUUAGUUAUGGUUGUGGCCAUCAUUAAAGUGUCGCUCGCGUCAUCACUCUUCAACACCAUCAGAUAAAAUGAAGAUAUAGAUAAGUAUUGUUGACAGUGAUGCUGCAUAGCAGAUGGAGACUGUUGUUACGUAAUUUUAAGUCCAUCAUUAUGUGCUCUUGAUUUGUUUCAUUGUGAAGAGAUGUUGUGUCCGACUGCACUUAAAUUGCAAUGGUGGUUAGGGCACGGUUAGAACGACAUGAUAAUUAAUCAUCUCGUUUUAUUCCGUUUACGCAUAAAAAUUACUUUUUUAUAAGAUGAAUUUUGCUUUUAUUUUUCCUUCCAAGUUUGAG